GACAGGCGCGUUGCCCAUUUACUUUUCACUGGCCCUGGCCUCUUCGCUCUCCCAGUACUACGAUCAAGCCAGGAUUUUGUUGGGAGGGCUCAUUUCUGUCUACUCAUCACCCAGCAAUGGUCCUUACUCUCAUUUAUUUCCUAUCCUCAUCUCGCCUCUAAACCAUGGUAGAGAUCCUCGGCCCUCUCCCUGCUCGCCCACCAACUCCUCCUAGGCCGGGUUCUCGAAUCGAUCAGAACGACCCCCAGUCCCCGCACCCUGUUCAGACCCCUGGGGCUUCGUCGCAGACGGCGGAUGCUUCCAGGGCGCCUCCGUCAAGCCACGGUUCCAAACGUGUGAACUUCUCGCCAUGGCUGUACACCGUCAUUGGGUCACCCAUCUCCCAAUCGUCCAGUAAACCUAAUGACGCCAAACCCAUAACAAACGCAGCAUUCGACAGUCCCCAAGGCGGCGAAGGCAGACCUUUCAAGUCGAUCCUCAAGGAGACAAGCUCCCCGAUCCCAGUGUGGUCCCCAAAUGUCAAUCAGUACACAACCGAAUCAUUCGACAUGCUGCUAGAGUCGGUUGUUCAGCAAUUGGCGGGAGAGUCCGUCUCUUCCCGCCUCGAUGCAUAUAUCAACUUCUUUGGAGCAUUACGGACAUAUGACGGAUUGCUGCGUGGGAACGAAAUUGGAGAGAAGCUCGGCUUGAUCACGGAUUUCAUCCAACGCGACGUGACUCGCGACUUGGUCAACGGGACACCUAUGGAUACAAGUCUGGCUAACCAAGCCUUGAAACUAUCCGCUGCUUUCAUUUGGCAACCAGACAUCUCAACGCAGCUCUCGGAGGAUUUCAAAAUCUUUCUGGUGGAGCACGCGAUCACCUCUCUCCAGGAGACGAAAGGUGCAAAGUCCGUCCUAACCCACUACCUGUCGAUUCUCUCCACGCAAAAUUUCAGUUCGAAACUUAUGACAACCUCUCGAGUCACCCGUCUUCUUGCAGCGUUGCAAGAUCUUACUAAACACGUCAACGGCAAAGCGAUUUCCUUCCAUCGAUUGUGCAUCUAUUCGCGACUCCUCUCCCAAUCCAAGUCAACGUUCCUCUCGCAAUCGUCAUUAUGGAUGGAGCACCUCGUAUUCGGUUUGCUCCAUGCUCACAAAGAUACAAGGACAAAGGCCAUCUCUCUUGGUAUCCAAAUCUCCGUCGCCGCGGGGCCAACACCUGCGCUAUCGAACAACAUCCGGAUGCUUUUUGAACGACCGUUGGAGGGCGAUCGAAAAUUGGUAACGGAAAUUCGAGAGCGAAUGUCGCGAAUGGUGGCAUCCAUUGAUACAGGCAUACAUGUGCCGCAGAUUUGGAGCAUCGUGAUUCUUCUAUUACGAAGCAAAAAGUGGAAUCUCGACCAAUGGGAGCAUUUCAAAGAGUGGCUUCUUGUCUUGCAGAAGUGUUUCAAUUGCAGUGAGCCUGCUAUUAAAGCCCAGGCAAUUAGAGGCUGGAAUUUGUUUAUUUAUGCCGUGAGCCCCAACGAGUCCACCAGUCGAUCCCUUCUCAAGAUGCUGGGCAAGCCGGUGUUCUCGCAAUUCGAGCGAAAGAAGUCCGAUAAAUCAGGGUCGCCACCGUCUCAGCUUUCAUUGAGCAGCUAUUACCACUUGCUCUAUUACGCUUUUCGUCCAUCUCUUCCUCAUCAACAUGUCGAUACCAUUUGGGAGGAAUACGUUGCAGCUCCCUCCGCUACUAUUUUCUCCGCUUUCCCGGCCCUGGCCGAUAGCGCGUCACUUGUGUUAGCCAACUUGCUAUGGUGCCCACAGGCGAAAGUAUGGACCGAGACUCGGAUCACCGACCCUGCCAAAAUGGAGGUCGAAGAACUCCCAUCAGUUGAACCCCGCUGGGUUCGUUCGAAAAUCUCAUCAGUCCUGGGAGUGUUCGAGUCUCUUCUCAAAUCUUCAGUCUGGAACCAAACAGAUCUGGAGAAGUCAAAUAUUGCCCUGGCCUGGAACGGCCUAGCCAGUGCGCUUUCUCUUGCCUCCAGCAAAGAAAUCACCCCAUCAGGAGAGUCAAUGCAAGCCGUUGCUAGUGUCCUUGGCUUGCUGUAUCGUCUUUGGACCCUAGGACCGUCUUCCUUGAAUGCCGCUGGAGGGCAGAGCGAGGAAGCUUUCUUUGAAAGAUUUCAGUUCUUGUCUACGACCAUGAUUUUCUCUCUUGGUGGAAUACCUUUCACCGAAAAGCUCAUGCUGAAAAUUGGUGAUGGAUCAUUCCAGACCUCUAAUACUCCAACACAUCGCCCUUCCGCCUCGGUUACCAAUUUGGAUAGCCCUAUUCUACAUCUUUUGCGCACCAUCAGCAAGAAUACCGUGAUAUCGUCGCCAACUCCAUCAUACAUUCGCCUCGUUGAGGGGCUGAUAACAGCCUCGUGUAAUGGAAGGAUAUCGCGCGGCUCUCGUCUCGAACUUCUCCACCAGUGUGCUGAAUUGGGUAUUACGGAAUUGAAGUUCACUUCCAAUUCGCCGCAUCUCUUGGAGGUAAUCUGGAAAGCGACAGCACUCGCAGCAGCGGACGCAUUGCAAUCGUUCCCCAUUGAGUCUGCACGAGAGCGGGACGGCUCUGUUUCUCGGGAUUACGAGAUAAUCACUAAUAUCCUUGUGGCUGGCGUUUCUUUCCCAGGUGCGUCUCAAGAGUGGUCGCGACUUCUUGACGCGUAUGUACGAGUGGCAAGAACAGAGAAAGGAGAUUGCGUCCUUUCCGAUCUCAUUGUAGAGCCCAUUGCUGAAAGUCUGUCUUCAAUCUCCGUCCAUGACACGUAUCUCCCCAUAACCGCACUGCUCGGCCAUUGUCUUUCUAUCCCCUUUGCGCGGGAGACCGGGUUGGGGCUCGACCACCCCGUCCCUCAUCAACUUGCUCUUCCGGCCUUCCCCUACAAACUUCUGAAGACUGUCGAACAAAGCUUGGAGUUAGGCUACCACAGCCUCGACGCCUCUCACACACUCCAUCUUUCUGCCUUUAUUGAAUCUAUGACUUCAUUCUUGGGGUCUGGCACACCGUCCUUUCGCUCUCAGGCACUCGAGACCCUCCAGGCACCACUAGGACUGUGGAUCCAGGACAGCGAACUGAAGGUUGAUGUCACAUUCGGGGUGGACAGUCGUUUUUUGACUGCAUGUCGCUCUCUUUUAUCGGCCAUACUCAACAUCUUGCAGACCGCUGUCAUUGACGAGACGUCGACGUUGCAAACAUAUGCAACAAUCAUCUGCGCUGGCUUAGAAUCGCCUCACAUCUCAAGAACCAAGCGAUUUGUCGAUUUCUUGAGAUCAACGAAGACAUCAUUUGAUACACGCAUGUCAUCCACUCCAAUGGGUCAAGCAUUUUCAACUGCGACCUCUCGACUCUGUGCCCCGGUCCAGCUGUCGCAAGCUUCAGCUCAAGCAAGUUCCUUCCAAUUCGCGCUUUUAGUCUCCAGUACUAAUAGCCGUACGCAGGAGGCCAACUUGGCAUCAUCGAGCUCGCCCAAGCCAGCGAACCAGCCACUGAUCGAGCCAAUUCCAACACGUUCCAUCGAAAAUGGCAGCACCGCCUUCAAUUCAUCGCCUGUCAUUGGGACAAAAGACCCAGCCCUGCCUAACCCUACAGAGCUCGAAGAACCUCAACUUCCUACGAACGACGGCACCGCCGCAGCUGAGGCGCCGGCGACCUUCCAAAAGAGCCGACGUGAGAUGUUCCGAAUGAUAGAAUCUAUUAGGUCCUCCUCGCCGGCGCAUACUCCUGGCAAGCUAGGCUUCGACACGCCCAGUCACCUGCGCAGAUUGCAUGCUCAGACUGGCAUUCCCUUGACUCCCACCUUGGUGCCCGCUGAAAAUGAGGAAGGAUUUAUUGGGUCAUCUCCCACACCUGCAACUAGAGAUCUGACCCCUGCCAUGAACUUGGAAGCUCCCGGAGGGCAAUUCCAAGAUAUCGCAAUGGAGGAUGCUACAGACCUCCCUUCUUCCCCUCCUGAACUCACUUCUCGGAGCCCUAGUCCCAAGAAAAUGUCCAGCUCUUCCCGGCGGGCUAGACGAAGGAAGCGUCUCCAAUCGAGCGUUGCUGAAGAGGCGAGGAAAAAGGCAUCCGUCCCUCAGGCGGAUGAACGUCCCCCCAGUCGCCGCACUCGAUCAGCACUGACUCAGAGCACUGCAAAUGAUCAGAAUGCUGAUGCUGCUCCUGCACCACCAAUGUCUACGUCUGAAAUCAUACCCAAGACAUUGGAGAAGUUGUCAACUCCACAGAGCGCAAAGUCAAAAUCGUCGUCUAAGAAACGAAAGAGAAAGGGAGGAUCAAAGGCAGCAGAUGGAAUUAAUGAACAGACUGCUCAAGUGCCUUCGACUCCGGUUGCUUUGCAGUACUUUGUUGACUCUUCGAGUGAGGAUUUGGAAUCUCAAAUCGCGUCUCAGCUCGAGCAGGAUCUAGAACUAGCUGUUGACAUGGUUGGCAAGGGUCAAUCAGGGUCCGCUCUUGCUAUUGAAGAUCCCGAGCCAGCCACGAAGAAGAGAAAGCGUGAAGAAGACAAUGUUCAGUCUACCUCUCGGGAUAGACGGCGUUCAACUCGUCUCUCAACUACAAAGGACCUGGGCAUCACCGAAGUUGAAGAGACACAGGUGACCCAGUCUCAGGAUACAACAAUUUCUCAUCCCUCCAAGGAUGUCCCUUCGUCCAACCUGUCGCCUACGGUCACUCGACGAUCGACUCGCAGCUCGCAAAAGAAAGAGAGCGAGCUUGUCGUCGCUCAACCCGUCCCAGAAACCCAGAUUCCGGAAACCAUCCCAGAAGAGCCACCUAAGGAUCCCGAGUCCUCUCAGCGACCAAACAAGAGAUCGCGCAAAUCUUUACGGCUUGAAGAUCAGUCUCCUCCUCCACUUCCUCUUGUGGAGGAACAGAUCUCGACGUGUCCCAAAUCUUCCCGUAGCUCCCGCUCUCGCAAGUCGCGCUCAUCCCGCAACGAAACGCAGUCUCAACCUCGUCAUUUUCAGGAACAACGACUCCCCGUGGAGCCAGCCAUGGAAAACGAGCUGUUUACUGCUUCAAAUGACUACAGCAAUGCUGGCUCGGACUUUAUUGCUCCCCAGGAACCGGUCGAGUCGCAGACUGCCCCUUCUUCCACAGAGGAAACCGAUUCUCAAAUGACUGACGUGAACCCUUCCACCGCACCCGUAUCCCAAGGCACGAACAUACAACAAAACAUGGAUGUGGAUAUGGUUUCGGAAAAUCCGUCGACAAGCGUGCCGGGUCCAGUCCUAGACGUUGCCACCACUGAAAUUCAGACGGAACCAGUCCCUCCUACCGUCGAACCUGACAUCAGCGAGGCCGGUAUUUCUCGAUCCUUGAGGAAACUGCUGGACGACAUGAAGUCUGCAAAACUGGGGCCAAAUGCCCUUCGUGAGGUUGACGACCUCCUUUUCAAUAUCCGCGUCGAAGCGCACGACGCUUCUCGACGACACAACAAUCCAGCAUAGCGAUGGCGUUUACUAGGUAAUCCUGCUUUCAUGUGAUUUUACGCGUUGUUCUCCUUUAUUGGCUCCUCUUAUGUCUCUAUUCCCCGAGUGCAUCUCACAUUAUAUGAAAUACAUAGCGGCCAUUGCAUAUGUCUUUCUGCUUUUCCGAUUUUUCCUUCCUUUGGGGGCGCCAAGUUAGUUGCAUGUUUCAUUCCUUGGUCACGAUGUAUUCUCCUGCUUAUUGUCUUGCGAGACAUGUACAAUCGAGUCAAUAAGUGAUCUUUAAAUACUUCUUGCUUUCAUGUAUAAUCUUUCUGUCCCUGAUCCGCGG